AGUGUGUUGACUUUUCCCUUAUUCUCCCAUCCGAAUUAGGCCAUAUAAAUAAAGAGAUAACCUCUGCAAAUACCCCUCUCCAUAGCCAUGAACCGAGCUCAUGUUUGAAGGAGGCUCAAGGAAGAAGAAAAGCUUGGAAAAGAAGAGAAAAACUUAUUAAAAUCAAGGAAUUUUACCAAGGUAUUCUAGACUUCUCAAGGAACCUAGGAGUGGCCGGAAAGUCGCCGGAGCCGCCGGAGUUUUCGCCGGAAAAUUCAAAAGUCGCCGGAGUUCAAACAAAGAAGAUAAAAGCUUGCUAGCGCCAUUUCAAGGUUGAAGCUAGAGCUUACUUCCUGCACCCGUUGCUCGGGAGAUCGAUGGAGAGAAGACGUGGUUCGUGCUUCCUCUCGUUCCAUUUUUAAAUAAUUAAAUAAUGCUCAUGGAACUAUUUUGACUUAUAAAUUAAUGGAGCCUGCGAGCUCUUGUUUUACCCUUGUGUGGGUUCUUAUUAAAACACUUAUAUUCCGCUAUGUGUUUGAUUGUAUGUUGAUGUUGUUAUGUAUGUUUACUAAUCGGUUUUGGCAUAUGUAUCUAUCGGACGUCUUGUGCAAUUCGGUAAGGAUGAACUGCGGUUAUUCUUAUUGGGUUGUACGACGGUUGUCCACGUGGCACAGACGCGGUCUGGGGCGUGACAAUUAAGUGGUAUCAGAGCCAAACGAUUUCUAAACUAUAUAGUCAACCUCUCAACAGAGUUUCUAUCAAAACAGUUUUCAAUGAAAAACCAUGAGCAUAAGUUUUGUACUUUAAGAGCAUUUGGUUAUCGAGUUGCAAGGUCUCUGGUUGUUAAGAUGGGCCCCUUAACAAUUGGUAUGGCAGUGACUUGAUCCAAGGUGUGUCUUGAGUACGUUUCUGUCAAUUGACAUUCAAACGAGUCCAAAGACUCAUUCCAACAUAUUCUUUCAGGAAUGGGUGGUAGUGAUAGGGCGGUUCGAGGAAAUCCGAGAGGGCGCGCACCGGGGAUAGCCGGGCAAGCCAAUCGGGGGAUAUCAAUGUCGCGUAAGAGGCGAGGUAUGGGCAAUCAAGGCCCACGAACACGAGCCGCGAUGGCUGAUCACAAUGUGACUGAAUUCGAGUCGUGGAACUCGGAGGAUGACUCAACUUAUCACCCUGAAAGCGAGUCAGAUGAAACUUCUUUUGAAGAUAACAGUGGGGAGGAUAUACAUAGUAUUCCUCCUGACCAGGUUAGUGAAAUGUACCGAUGGUACCGACGUGAAAGGGGAAGACAACGACAGGGAUCUCAGGAGGGACAUGUCAGAGGCGAGACUUCUCUCAGGAGGGGUCGGGGUGCUCACAGAGCACAAGUUAGGACAGUCAGAGAUUCUGAUGGUGAAGGACCACUCUUUAAAAUCUCAAAGUAUCUCAAAGAGGCUAGAGCCUUGGGGUGCAAACCAUUUGAUGGGACAGAGGACAUAUCGGAAGCAGCCGAGUGGAUAAAAAGGUUGAAUGAUGCAGCUGAUGACAUGCAGGUGGUCCCUGAACGAAAGUUAAGGGUAGCCACUAGAUUAUUGGAGGGUUUAGCUUCUACUUGGUGGGAAGGCACCAAGGUUAAGUUUGACGGGGUUGUCACGUGGGACAACUUCGAGCAAGCAUUCUAUGAGCAGUUUUACACCUCUUUCGAAGUAAAUCGAAAGAGGAGGGAAUAUAUCGAUCUCAAACAGGGAAAUGAGUUUACGGUGAAGCAACUGGAACAAAGAUUGCGACAUCUGGCAAGGUUCUUGCCUGAGUAUGCCGCAAAUGAGAAUCGAAUGGCAAACCAUUUUUGGAAUGCACUCAAUUUGGAAAUACGCGAAAGGGCGACCUACCAAUUCAACAUGACUUUCAGUCAGGUAGUAGCUCAGGGUCUCCAGGGGGAGGAGCUUUGGAAGGAAAGGCAAGCAAGGGAUGCAAAGGAAGCAGAAGAAAGAGCCCAGGUGAUCAUUCACCCUCCACGACGAGAGGGGAAGUAUGAACUUCAGAGCAAGGGGAACUCUAACAAGUUAGUUCCGUUUGUCAGUGAGAGCCAGGACUUGGUAAGUCAAAGCUCAAGCACUCGGGGCAUGGGGGCACCCAAAUGUGAGAAUUGUAGGCGAAGGCACUACGGGAGAUGUCGAGAGCCAUCUAGAUGUUACUUUUGUGGAGAAACAGGCCACAUCAAGGUCCUUUGUCCUCAACGUACGCGUGAAGGAACAUCAGGAGCUAGAGGAGGGGUCACGGGGGUUGAAAACCCAACUAGGGUUGCCUCAAACAUGGUACCUUCUACAAGUCAAUGGCGAACUCGCUCGUGAAGGCCGGGAAUGGCGGAAACCAUUUGUUAGGCCCGACUAUGGCAUAAGGCCAUAUAAAUAAAGAGAUAACCUCUGCAAAUACCCCUCUCCAUAGCCAUGAACCGAGCUCAUGUUUGAAGGAGGCUCAAGGAAGAAGAAAAGCUUGGAAAAGAAGAGAAAAACUUAUUAAAAUCAAGGAAUUUUACCAAGGUAUUCUAGACUUCUCAAGGAACCUAGGAGUGGCCGGAAAGUCGCCGGAGCCGCCGGAGUUUUCGCCGGAAAAUUCAAAAGUCGCCGGAGUUCAAACAAAGAAGAUAAAAGCUUGCUAGCGCCAUUUCAAGGUUGAAGCUAGAGCUUACUUCCUGCACCCGUUGCUCGGGAGAUCGAUGGAGAGAAGACGUGGUUCGUGCUUCCUCUCGUUCCAUUUUUAAAUAAUUAAAUAAUGCUCAUGGAACUAUUUUGACUUAUAAAUUAAUGGAGCCUGCGAGCUCUUGUUUUACCCUUGUGUGGGUUCUUAUUAAAACACUUAUAUUCCGCUAUGUGUUUGAUUGUAUGUUGAUGUUGUUAUGUAUGUUUACUAAUCGGUUUUGGCAUAUGUAUCUAUCGGACGUCUUGUGCAAUUCGGUAAGGAUGAACUGCGGUUAUUCUUAUUGGGUUGUACGACGGUUGUCCACGUGGCACAGACGCGGUCUGGGGCGUGACACAAGGUCUAGCUAGUAUGAGUAGAUUACUAUCACAUUUUACUUCUUAUGAUAAUAUCAUGUCUCUCUACGUUCCAAACAAAACUUUAAUCUUUUUUUUUUGUCUGUCAUAAUGUAGACUAUUAAUUUCUUUAAUUUAUUUUAUGACCAAGAAUAUGCGAUUUACAA